AUGGCGCAGCCCAGCGCACCUCCCCCCUACGAUGACAAGAACCCCCUCUACCCACCGCCACCGGGGGGAUACCCCCAGCCCCCCCACUUUGGUGGGGCGUACCCACAGCCUGGGGGUUACCCUGCAGCAGGGGGGUACGUGCAGCCAGGGGGGUACCCAGCAGCAGGGGGGUACCCCCAGCCGGGGAUGGCCAUGCCCACCAUGCCUAUUCGGUUCAGUGACGAUGGCAUGGGAGGUGGCUCCCCCUUCCAAUCAGCCGACUGGGAUGACAGGAAGGUCCGGCACACGUUCAUCCGCAAGGUCUAUGCCAUUAUCUCCCUGCAGCUGCUGGUGACAGCGGGGAUCAUUGCUAUGUUCACCUUUGUCUCCCCUGUUCGCUCCUUUGUCCAGAGGAAUGUCGCCAUCUACUACGCCUCAUAUGCUGUGUUCCUGGUGACCUACCUGGUGCUGGCCUGCUGCCAGGGUCCCCGGAGACGCUUCCCCUGGAACAUCAUCCUGCUGAGCAUCUUUACGCUGGCCAUGGGGCUGAUGACGGGAACUAUUGCUAGCAUGUACCAGACCAAAGCCGUCCUCAUCGCCAUGCUCAUCACCGCUAUUGUGGCCAUCAUUGUCACCAUCUUCUGCUUCCAGACUAAGGUUGAUUUUACAUCGUGUCCAGGGCUUUUCUGUGUGCUCGGCAUCGUGCUCAUGGUGACUGGGAUUGUCACCGCUAUUGUCCUCUCCUUCAAAUAUGUCCCCUGGCUCCACAUGCUGUAUGCAGCCAUUGGUGCUAUCGCCUUCACCCUGUUCCUUGCCUAUGACACCCAACUUGUACUGGGGAACAGGAAGAACACGCUGAACCCUGAGGAGUACGUCUAUGGUGCCCUCACCAUCUACACUGACAUUGUCUACAUCUUCACCUUCAUCCUGCAGAUUGUGGGUCGGGACUAG